ACUGCGGUUAAUAUCAUUAUAAGGCAUAUAUUGAUCAAGAUUGAUGUUUUCUUUUCAUGUGCAUGACGAUCUUAUGCACGUCAUUUUCUCUCUUUUGUUUUAAUUAGCUCGUACCAAUCAGUGUUGCGUUUUAAAAGGAGAAAACUGCUUAAUUGUUGAAAAAGAUAUUUCUUGUUCGCCUUUAUGGAUGAAAGUGCAUCGUGAUUUAUCCUAUGUUAGCAUACAGUAUAAUACUUAAUUAGCUACCUUAACCAGGAUAUAACUCUAAUAUGUUUCUUUUAGUUGUAGUUAAUCAUUCAAAAUGGAACUUGAGAAAUUUAUUCCCAAUCCGAAGGUUUCUUAUGUCAGAUUCAAUACUCCAAAAAGCAAGAAAACCCUGCGUAUUCGAAUUGGUAUUGUUUUGUUUUUACUUUUGAUAAUAGCUGCUGUAUUGUUGGCAUUCCUUUUGCAUAAAAGUAAUGGUAAGUCAAACGAAAUUAAAAGUCACGGCAAUAAAACAAUUGAAGACGAUGGUCACAAUGGAACAAAAAUACACGAAGGCGAUGGUCAUAGUGGAAAGACAAAAGACAAAGAGGAUGGUCACAGUGACACAAAAACUGAUAAAGGCGAUGGUCACAGUGGAAAAAAACACCAUAAAGGCGAUGGUCACAGUGGAAAAAAAACUGAUAAAGGCGAUAGUCACAGUGGAAAAAAAACUGAUAAAGGCGAUAGUCACAGUGGCAAGAAAACCCAUAAAGGCGAUAGUCACAGUGGAAAGAAAAAAGACAAAGAAGAUGGUGACAGUGACACAAAAACUGAUAAAGGCGAUGGUCGUAGUGGCAAGAAAACACAUAAAGGAGAUGGUAAUAAAAAUUUCUGUAACACCACCAUAUGUAAACAUGUGACAUCACACUUCCUAUCAGCUCUUGAUAAAUCUGUAAAUCCAUGCGAUGACUUCUACCAAUACGCAUGUGGUGGAUGGUUGUCAAAAAAUCCAAUCCCAAAUGGAAAAUCAGAAAUUUCAACCAUCACACAACUUCAAGAAAGGCUUUUCAAAAUUGAGAAAUCAAUUUUAGAGAACAAGAAAAUUGCAACGUUAGACAGCGAGGCAAAGAAAAAUAUGUUUCGAUUAUUUGAGAGUUGCAUGGAUGUAAAAGGAAAAAAUAAAUUGGGUACAACACCGAUGGCAACAUUAUUAACAAAGUUAGGUGGAUUUAAAACAGUUACAUACAGCACCUAUGAUUAUCAAAAGACAAGCAAAAUCAAUACAUUAGCAAAAAAAGUCUUUAAAGAAGCAAGCAUUUCUCCAUUGUUUACAUUUACUGUUGGUCCUGAUCUAAAACGUUCGACCGAAAACAUUAUACAAUUCGGAAAUCCUGGAAGUGUGUUUUUCGAGAAGGAAACGCUCAAAAGAGUUUCACAUGAAGAAAUCAUGAGGAUGUACAAAGACUUAAUGCAAAAACUGGUGAAAGCAUUUUCAGAUGACAUGACAUAUAUGGAAAGCAGAUUAAUUGCUUCUGAUAUAUACAAUUUCGAACUGAGUCUUCAGCAGAAAAUACAGACUACAAAAUCAUCCGUGUCUUACUACGCGACAACUGUUUCGUCAUUGUCAUCGUACAUGUCAACUAUUAAUUGGUUGGACUUCUUAAAUUCUGCAUUUCAAGGCACUGGCAACAGAAUUACAUCACGAGAGAAAGUAGUUAUAAUAAAUAGAGAAUACUUCAAGACACUGGAUUCUCUAUUCAGAAUAAAAUCUUACAACACAAUCCAUAAUUAUAUGCUGAUAAAAGUUGUUCUGCAUUACUUGGAUGCUUUACCCGAUAAUAUUGUGAAGUUAUUUACAAAGCUAACGACAGCAAUAAGUGGUCCAUUAAAACCUCGUCCUCAAUGGCAAACAUGCAUAUCAGUGACAGAUAAGCAUCUUGGAUUAGCACUUGGGGCUGCGUUCGUCCAGAAAGUACACUUUUCAAAAGAAAGUCACGAUGAAGCAAAUAGAAUGGUUGGUGAUCUACGAAAAGCAUUUAAAGAGAUUUUACCCUCACUUACCUGGCUUGACAGUACAACACGAGAAGCUGCUAGUGAAAAGAUUGACGCAAUUGUUCAACAAAUUGGCUACCCUCCGUAUAUUUUAAAUCCACAAAAAUUAGACAAAAAGUACAACGGGCUGAAGAUUGUUAGUUCGAGUUAUUUUGACCACAUUCUGUAUCUGAAUCGCUACAAAGUACUCAGUAUGUUAAAGAACCUUGGGAAACCUGUCAAUCGAAAUACUUGGCUUCAAACCCCAGCGACAAUUAAUGCAUACUACAACCCUCGAAGUAAUCAUAUAGCCUUUCCUGCUGCUAUUCUUCAACCACCUUAUUUUGAGACAGACUACCCGAAAGCAGUAAAUUAUGGUUGCAUAGGAUCUGUUAUUGGACAUGAGAUGACACAUGGCUUUGAUAACACAGGUCGAUGGUUUGACAAGUAUGGUAAUCUUCGUGGCAGAUACAAUUCAUGGUGGACUUACUCCUCUGUUGCGAAUUUUGUUGACAGGAGUAAAUGUUUCGUUAAUCAAUAUUCUGCUGUGGAAGUAGCAGGUGAUUAUAUUAAAGGAAAACAAACACUUGGGGAAAACAUUGCAGAUAACGGAGGAAUUCAAAUUGCAUACAAGGCUUAUAAAGAUUGGGAAAAAGAAAAUGGGACACCGCCAUUGCUAAAAGGAGUUGCAGAUUCCAAUGACCAAUUAUUUUUUCUUUCAUAUGCACAGUUUUUCUGUUCAGCUAAAACAGACAAAGCACUACUCAAUCAACUUAAAACUGAUGUACACAGUCCAAACAUGGAAAGGGUUAGAGGAACAAUACAAAACAAUCCCGAGUUUGCAAAAGCAUUUAACUGUCCUCGUGGUAGCAAAAUGAAUCCUUACAGAAAGUGCAAGCUGUGGUGAAGAUCAAUUAACACAGAUUCAUUACCACCUCAAAGUCAGAAGGCACGAAAAUCCUACACAAUAACAGUAGUUCUAACUUAACACAAUUAUUACAUUUUUUACGAUAUAGUAAAGUUUGCAUUAGGUAUUAAAGCUAUCAUAGACAAUAUUACAAUGUUAGAAUGUUUGAAGUUGAGGUUAUUAACUAUGAGGAUUAUUUAUCACUGCGGUGUGAUGCAACAUAGAGCUGCAGGGGAAUAUCUUAAAGGUCGUUGGACAAGCAAUACACUCAUUGUUCUCAUUAUUCCGAGGAGUUGUAUAUGCGUGUCUAAAAAAGGUAUUUGUUUACAUCCAUUAUCAAAACAAAUUAUUUACUGACAUUUUGUUGGCAGUAUUUUUUGAAUUUUAGAACAUAAAAUGCACCGUUGUGGAUAGGACCGUAAUGCGGACAUGCUGGAGACACUAUUUAAACUGUGUAUCUGCAAAAUAAAGUUUUUUACAACCUUUUGAACAGUAUUUAACUUUAUUUAACCCCUGUAUCAACCCACAAAUAUUUAUAGUUGGUUUUAUUUUAACACUUCUUUAGCUGUAAUUAUUCAUUUAACAUAUUUUAUAUUUUUGUUAUUUUAGUUGUAAUCAUAGCACGUGCUUUGUAAACCGUGAUGUAAUAAAUAUAUACGGGGGUUGCGGGGCGGAGGACAAGACCCCUAGGUUCACAAGCGAAAAA